ACCGUUUUAAUGUUAACCUAGCAAAAUGAAUUGAUAUAUUUAUAAUUUAAUUAUAUUUUAAUGUUGUUGUUUAUAGCCUGUUAGAAAAAAUGAUUAAUGCAAAUCCAAUAACAAAUGUACAUGUCGAAAAACUUGGUCAUAAAUUAAAUGAAAUUCGUUCACGAGCUUUGGACAAUAUAAUAUCAAAACUUGAUCAUGGUUUUGGUUGCAGUUGUGAAGCUGUAAAACGUGAGUUAUUCAAUAAAUUAUUUACCUGGUUUACUUUUGAUACAGUUCCUCAUCAAGACAAAGUUCUUGACCUGAUAAAACGUCUAAUAAUUAAUAAUUUUAUAAAUAUUGAAUCAUAUGGUAAACAACGUUUUCAAAAUGAAAUUGAUGUAUUACGUUCAAAGCUAAAACCAAUUUGGCAUGAAAAACUUGAUCAAAUUGAAGAAUCAGCAAUUAAACAAAGACCAAAUAAUCAAACAUACAGAAUAGAAUCAACAGUUAAUCAAAAACAACAACAACAAACUACCAAUUAUGAUCAAGAUAAUUUCGAAACUAUGCAAAAUGAUUAUCAAGAUAAUUAUCAUCAUCAACCUGAUGACAAUGAUCUAACAAUAAAUUUAGAAGACACAAUAACAACAGAACCAGGUACACCAAUAUCAAAAAGUACAGAUGGUGCAAUAAAAUGGCUUGUAAUGCCUUGGCAACCAUUAGUAACAUCAGACAUUGGUGUACUAUCAACAGUUGAAGAAGCACUUAAAAAUCAACAAGAUAAAAAUAUAAUAAUUCAUACAUGUCAAUUAAUAAGUGAUGUUAUGCUACAAGAUUUUCCAGCAGAAGUAUUUCUUCAACGACCAACAAUAAUAACAAUACUACAAAAUAUAAUAAAUAUAUCAAAUAAAAAAAAUGAUAAACAACUUAUUAUAACAGUAUUACGUGUUGUAUUAAAAUUAACAAGAUCAUUAAGAUAUCGUAUUUAUUAUUAUUGUGAACCAAGUAUUGCAAAUAAACGUCAACGUGUACUUGGUGGUUUAUUAGAUAGUUGUUGUUCAUCAACAUCAUCAACAUCAGCAUCAACAUCAACAAGACCAACAGAAAAUAUUGAUAAUAGAAAAAAUAAUUUUAAUAAUUAUCAGCAUAGUCAAACAACAGAUAGAAGUCAAAGUUUUGAUACAACUGAUGAUUCAAUAUUACAGUUACAACAAAUAUUAUUACCUGGUUAUUGUAUUGAAACAAUGGGUUAUAUAUUAAAAUUAUUAAUACAACAAGAUGAUAAUUAUCGACAACUUGAAAUAACAAAAUUAAUCAUGGAUGUAUUAUUUGAACUUGUUGAGUUGCUGAAUGUCAUACUGAUGCCAUCAAUAUGGCUAUGUAAUAAUGAAUUGUCAAUGAAAAUACAUCAUGAUUUAAAAACACUUAUGAUAUUGUAUGCUGAUGUACUUGAAAUAUAUAGAAAUUAUUGUACAAUUGAUUAUUUAAAAAUAACAUAUUUAUAUACACUGAGUUUAGUUAUGAAAAUGUUGAGCUCAUUGGUACCACUUGAAAUUGCUGAUUUUGUAUUACCUAAAAAGCUAAAGCUUGAACUAACAUUGACAAUAAUUGAUGCAACAAUAUAUUUAAAUUAUCCAAAUUUUCAUUUAAAUAUACAAAAUUAUACUAGAAAAUUUAAUGAUAAUGAUGAAAUUGAAUUAUUAAAGCUAUUUGAUGAAACAAAAGUUAUAACAAAGUCAAUGAAAUCAGCAAUAUUAAUACUCAAAAAUGAUGAUACAAUUAUUGAUAAAAAUAUAAUUAAAAUAAUGUAUAAUUCAAAACGUUCAAUAAUAUAUCAUAAAAAUUUUGCUAUAAUUAAAAAAUAUUUUUAUUAUUUUUCAAUUAUUAAUGAUGAUAUUGAUGAUGAUGAUAAAAGUUUGAUAAAUAAGCUAUUACUUUAUUUAUUGGCAAAUUCAGAUGAUGAUAUUAGAUAUGAAAGUUACAAAGAAUGUCUUAAAAUUAUAUCAUUAAUAUUAGGAUUAGAAUUACCAGUAAAUAAUAAAGAUUGGAAAUCAAUAUCAUGCUUAUUUGAUUCAAAAAUAUUAACUGAAAUAAUAUGUCAUGGUUUAAAUGAUGAUGUUGAAAAUAUAAAAAAUAUUGCACAAGAUAUAAUGAUUCUGCUGUUAAAAGGUAAAUUACAAAUGGGUAAUAAUGGUUGGAUGAAUUUUUUAAAUUCAUUACUACCAAUAAUAUCAUUAUUACAAUGUCAUGCUGAUAAUAUUACAAUACUUGGUAAAUGUAUUUUAAAAAUGUUUGAUCCAGAUAUAUCAGAAGAAUUAAAUAUUGAAUUACUUGAUGUAUUAAAAUGUAAUAUUAGAUUUUUAUAUUCAUCAAAUGAUAAAAUAAGAGAUGAAGCUAUUUAUCGUUUAAUUUAUCUUCUUGGUAUUGAUAAAAAUUCAAGUCAAAAAUUACCAAAAUUAUUAACGCUACAUGGUUUACCAUUAUCAUCAAUAUUUAUAAUAAAUACACCAUCAUUUAUUUAUAAAUUUAUUGGUAAUUAUCAAGAAAAUAAUUUACUAUCUUUAUUAGAUAUGUUAAAAUAUGAUAAUAUUGAACCAAGUACUAAAAAAUCAGCAAUUGUACAAAUUAAUGUUAUGCUAACAGAUAAAAAAUUACAUAAAUUAUUUUUAUCAAACAAUGGAUUAAGUAUAAUAUUAACAAUAUUUGAUAAAUGUUUAAUUGAUAAUAAUUAUGAUUAUCAUACUGAUACAGUUAUUCCAAUUAUUGGUAUUAUUAAAUUGUUAUUGCUAUCAACGAAUAUUAUAAUACAUGAUUUAUCAAUGCGUAUUGAUGUAUUAUUUAAUAUAUUAAGAACAAUAUUUUUAUAUCCAAAUAAUGAUGUUGUUAAAAAUGAUGUUAGUCAGGUGUUAUUUAUAUUAUUAUACAGUGAAUUUAUUAUGAAAAAUUUUGAUAAUGAAAAAGGCUCACCAUCAUUACCAGCAAUUAUUAUAAAUAAUAUGUUGCCACCAUUUAUUUGUAAAACACAUUGGAAAUUAAGUCCUAAUAAUACGAAAAAUAUAGACUUUAUUAAAAUUAGUUCGAAUCAAUUGUCGAUGGAAUUUAUACGUCAAUAUUGGAUAUGGGAAUGGUACAAUGGUGAUGAUGUAUUAUGGACUGAUUUUGAUAUUAUAAAUAAACAAAAUAUAUCAGAUAAUUUAAUGAUAAACAAUGAUGAAUUUAUAAAUUUAAAAUUAUCAUCAACUGGCUACUGUUCACAUAAUCAAUUGACAAUAAUACAAAAUUCAAAUAGUCACAUUGAAGUUACAAAUUCAAUUGAUUAUUUAUGGAUGUAUAUUAAAUUAACAAAUAUCAUUAAAUCAAAUAAUAAUUUAUUAAUUUUGAAAACAUUAAAAUGGGAAUAUACAUUUGAAAAAUUUUUAUUAUCACAUCCAACUUGUAAAGAUGAUUGUGAUUUAUUUGUUGAUGUACUUGAUUAUUUAAAUUUAUUAAUAAAUAUUAUAAAUGAUGAUAACAUUAUUAUUUGGUUAAGUAAAACAAUGAAAAAUAUGACAAAAUCAUUGUCUGAUUUAUUGAAAAAUUUAGAUAAAAAUUAUCAAAAUAUACAUUAUUCAGUAUUAAAACUUGUACGUUCAUGUUCAAGUUUAGAAAAAAAUUUAUCAAUUGAUAAUAACAGCAAUGAUAAUGAUGAUGAUAAUAAUUGGAGUAAUUUUAUUGAACUUGUUAUAUCAAAUUUAUCACCAGGUGAUCAACAACAUUUUUAUAAUUUAGUAUAUCUUGAUUGGUUAUUAACAUCACUUGCAUAUUUAACAUCAAAAUGUCAAUGGAAAACUAAAAAAAAAAAUUUAAUUAAUCUAGGUAAUUCAUUGAUUGAGCUAAUAAUGAGUUUUCAUUUAAAUGGUGCAUUUAGUUUUAUGGGUUUAUCAAUGACUAAAAAUUCAAUAAUAUGUUUAAAUCAUGUAUUACAACAUGUAACAUAUAAUUAUGAUGAUUCAUCAAUAUUUUGGUAUAAUGAUAAUAGAACAUUAACAUGGUUACCAACAUUAUGGAUUAACAGAGAUCCACUUGUACGUGCAUCAGCAUUACAAUUUUUAGCUGGUUUAUUAAGAACCCAACAUACAGCUGAACAAUUAUUACAUGCACUUGCAUUAGCACCAAGUGAAUUAUGUCAAUCAUUAAUUAAAUUUAUAAUUAAUCGUGAUGAAGCAUCAAUUGUUAGAGAACAAGCAUGUCUUGCAUUAUCAAGUAUUAUUAAAAAUUCAAACAACGAUAAAGCAAAAUAUACUGAAUCAUUAAAAACAAAUGCAAUUUUAAUUUAUAUUGAACAAAAUAAUGUUUAUCAUGAAAUAUCAAUUAUUUUAGCAAAUAUAUUUUUACCACAAAGUCUUGAUGAUAUUAAUUACAACGAAAAAUCAUAUGAAUCAUCUGUUAAAUCUUUAUCAUCAUCAUCAACAACAACACCAACUGCAACAAUAACAAGUGAUAAAACUUGGUCAUUUACAACAAAAUCAGUACUACAAUAUUAUCAUUGUAUUGAUGAAUUAUCUGAUAAAUUAAAUGACAAUAAUGACAGUAAUAAUUUACCUCAAUUAUUAGCAACACCAUCACUUGUAACAUCAAUAUGUAAUUUUUUAAAUAAUUUAAUAAUCAUUGGUGAACGUGAUGUUGUUGAUAAAAUAUAUGAAAAUUCAUUGGAUAAAUAUUUUAUUGGUUGUUUUAUGGAUAUUAAAAAAAUAUAUGAAACAAUAAUAACAUCAUCAUGUAUUGAUAAUAUUAUUGAAAUGUUUAUUGGUAUUAUAACAGUAUUAACAAAUUGUAUAACAUAUUGUGAAGAAUUUGCAACAAUUAUUAAUUUUAGUCCUGAUUUUUUUUAUCAAUUAUUUGAUUUUUUAAAUGAUAAAAAAUAUAGUUAUACAAAUAAUAAUAAUAUGGAGUAUAUAAAAAGUCUUAAAAUUAAAUUAAAAACAGAAAUAUUUAAUUUUAUAAGUAUCAUGUCAUUGACUGAUAGUCAACAUAUUGAAAGUAUAAAAACAGCAAUUGAUCUAAUUGGAUCAGAUGUAUUAUUUAAAUCAAUAGCUAAUUCAAUAUCUUGUGAUAAUAAUAACUUACGUAUGAGUUGUAUUGCAUGUCUUGGUUAUUUAUUAUCACAAGAAAUAACAAAUAAUAUUAAUAAUAAUAAUAAUGAAUUAUCAUUUAGUAAAAUAAUGGAUAAUACAAUUAUACAAGAAUAUUAUGAUGAUGAUAAUAAGCUAUGUCAAGUACUUGUUAAUAUAAAUAAAUUAACAAUUAAAAAAAAUGAUGUUAAUAAUGAAAAAAUAAAUAUUAAAGAAUCAACAGUAUCUGGUAAAAUUUGUAAAACAUUAAUACAUUUAUUAAUUGCUCAUAAUUAUGCAAAAACUAAAAAAAUUAAUAAAAAAUUACAACGUGAUAAAGAUUUAAUAAUAUCAUGUUUAACAAAUUUAUUAUGUGUAUCAAUUGAAGCUAAAAAAAUAUCAAUUGAUAAUAAUUUACCUGAUACAUGUUUACUUAUACUUAAAGAAAUAUUUACUGAAUUAAAUUUACAACCAUAUCAUAUACAACGUACAAGCUCAGAAAAAAAACAAAAUCCAUUAUUUAAUGAAUUAAAAAAAUAUUUUAAUUUAUUAAUGAAUUUUUCGAGUAAUUAUUGUGAUGGUAAAAUAAUUUUAGCUAAAAAUGGAAUAACAGAUAUGAUACAUAAAUUAUGGGCUUGGAUUGGAUUAAAUGAUUCAACACUUGUAUCUGUACUUAAAUUAAUAGCAACAUUAACAACAAAUUGUCCAGAAGCUGCUCAAUCAUUGACCUUGACAACAACACUUCCAGGAACAGGUUUACGUAAAACACCAAAUACAAUAUCAUUAUUAAACGUAAUAAUAAAUUUAGUAACACGUGAAAUUGAUAAAUCAAGUCAAUUUUUUAAUAACGAAAAAUUACAUUAUUCAUUUCAUAUAUUACGUAAUUCAGUUCAUGUACAUGAAUGUCGUAUUGUCAUAACAAAAAGUAAUUUAUUACAAUUUUUUACAAAAAUUCAUCCAUUAACAACAAAACGUAUUAAACCAUGGCCACUAAUUGAAAUAUAUUGUUUAGAAUUUUUAAUUGAUUUUACAUAUUACGAUGAAGGACAAUUAAUUGUACCAAAAAUUAUUGAUGGUUUUGAUGUUAUAAUUGAGCUAACAAAAUGUAAAACAAUAACAACUAAAUUAUUAUCAUUAUCAAUAUUACGAAAUUUAGUAUUUAAUAUAUCAAAUCGUCCAAGAAUAUUGGGUUCAAUUGAAUUUAUAAAUAUUUUACGUGAUAUACUUAAGAGUGGUAGUGUUGCAGAAAUUGGUAUUGUUGGAUCAAUUUUGUGGUCAUUAAUUACAAAUAAUCAUAAGGGUAAAUUAAUUAUAAAAUCAGCUGGUUUUUUACAAUAUAUUAAAGAAUGUCUUGGUCGUUUAACAUUAUUUAAAGAUCAAAAUAAUUGUCAAGAACUUGGAAAAAUGUUACAAUAUGUUAUUAGUAUUCUCAGUAAUUCAGAUUCAAAUGACGUUGAUUAAUUUAAAUUGUUAAAUAAUAAUACAAUUUGUAAAUAACAAUUUUUUUUUUUUAUUUAAAAAUAAAUAUAUUUAUAUUUUUUUUCAACUUUAUAAUUAAUAAAAUUGUCAAUUUGUUUUUUUGUUUUUUUAAAUAUUUAAAUAUUUAUUUUUUAAGGAAAAAAAAAAGGUGAGUUUAUUUUUAUAAAAUUAAUUCAAAAUUAUAUGAUAAUUAAUUAUGUAAUUUGUGGUUUUCAGAUUAUUUACUUGAUAGUGAAUUUUAAAUAAUAAAUAAUUAUAAUACUCCAGAUGUUUAUGACGUAAAAGACCACAUGGAAAUUGAAAAAAAUAAAAUAAAUAUAUCAAGACUAUAAAUAUAUAUACAUCAAGACAAGGAGUCAUCAGAAUGCUGCAUUCAUUGAUAUAUUCUCUUUUCGAAUAAUGAAAAAUAAUUCAACAUGAUAAACAGGAAAAAAUCAUCAUCCAAGGACAAAUAAAGAAAUUGAAUUUUCAAAUAAAA